ACAUGCUGCAUUAGAGUGAGGACUAACAGAGGGAUGUCAGGAGUAGAGUAACUUACCUAAUGACCUCCCAAAACACAUAGUGGUUUGAAGUAUCAUUAAAAAAUACAAGAGAAAUUUGUUAACACAUGGGUGCUGCACAUGCUGUAGAGGGAAGUGAAGGGCAGAUGAACUCGUCAACCUGGGAAGGUAGCCCAUCUAGGAGAAGGAAAACUCUGAUGCAAUACCUCCACUGCCUUGAAGAUAUAGUCAUUUGUGAGAAAGAAGGAACAAGUUACCAGGUCUCUCUCUUUUUCUGAUCUAUAAAAUGGAACUGAUAUUGAAGAUAUAGUGUGAUAUUGACAGACUUGCCCUGUUGGUGCAUUAUCUGCUUAUAAAAAUCAGAAAUAUUAAAAUACUUCUACAUGGUGUUAUCCUUUCUUCUGCCUUUCCUCUUGUGAUGGGGAGAUGUAACUUUUCUUGCUAGAAUUAUUCAAUUCCAAAAUGGAAAAUACAGCUGAAGCCACACAAAUGAGUCAUUUAACAUUAAUGUACACUCACAGAUUUCCAUUAACAUGUCUUUAGUAAAUAAAUUGCAAUCCAGAGUCAUUUUCCUUUGCAGCUGUGGCCCAUUAGCAACACUUUAGAGGAACCCAAAUUCCAACCACAGGUAGCAAACAGUGAAAGGCACCUGCAUAGAAAUAACAUUCUCUAUUCAGCACUACAAGCAACCUGAACAGGUCAGUGGGCUAUAAAUAAUGCUAGCUAACUUAAUUUAUAAUGGAGUUCCCUUCUGUGUGGAGGAAAAGUCAGUAAUAGCAUAAAAUACUGAAUAAUGCUAUCAGAUUGCUUUACCAGCCACCUCCUUAGCAGAUAAAAAGUUAAUAUUGCCAUUGACUUAUACAGGUCAUAGUGGUGGUGGUUGUUGGCAUCCAUCUGUCUUGGGAGACAAUGGAAGAGAGUGGCGUUGGAGUGAAAUCAAACCAUUGGAAAGUUACAAUGCCUGCUGUGGCUGAAGAGACCAAUACAGGACAGACAUGCUUUAUUGCAGGUGGGGCAGAUGAAGGCAUUUGGUUUUGCUGCUACAGGUGCACCAUGGUGUUUUUUCUCUCUGUGCUCCUCCCAGUGGUAAUUUCUCCUCUGGUCACUGUUGUGGAUAAAUGACCUGUCUGGGUCACAGUACUAUUUAUUUAUUUAUUUAUUUAUUUAUUUAUUUAUUUAUUUGAUUAACCGAGGAAUCAUAGAAUUGUAGGGAACCCGAGUCAUCUCCCAACUCUACAAUUCUGGGAUUCCGUGCUGCAGACCACCUGAAUGAAGCUUGUGGACCACAGUUUGGGUACCGCUGCUCUAGGUCUUUCUAUUUGGACUCUCUCCACAGGCCAUACCCCUCACCAGUACCACCAGUUCCUCUAUAGCAUGGGUAGGCAAACUAAGGCCCAUGGGCUGGAUCCGGCCCAAUUGCCUUCUAAAUCCAGCCUGCGGACAGUCCGGGAAUCAGCAUAUUUUCACAGGAGUAGAAUGUGUGCUUUUAUUUAAAAUGCAUCUCUGGUUAUUUGUGGGGCAUAUGAAUUCAUUCCCCCCCCAAUAUAGUCCAGCCCCCCACAAGCUUUGAGGGACAGUGGACUGGCCCCUAGCUGAAAAAGAUUGCUGACCCCUGCUCUACAGAGCUCAAAGCAGCACCUUUGGCUCCCUCAAACAACCCUGUAUGGUACAUUCGUCUAAGAGAGAGUAGCCAACAUUAUCAGCUUAAAAUGCAGCCUAGUCAUUCUUUUUCUUUCAGUCCAUAUCUUAACUAAGGAAAAACACAUCAGAAUGUAGUAUCUCAUAAGCAACAUUGGAUAGAAAUAAAAUUGUGGCUAACGUCAUGUGUAUACCACUUCCAAAACUGGUGGUGGGAGCAGACUGGAUACAGAGUAAACAGGAGUAUGUACACAGCUUAUGUCUGCUUCUACAGUGCUGCUUCUCCCUUUUUCUCCCAGCACCAAAGUAAGAUCUUUGCUGUAGCAGAUGUCUUUCUGUACAGGUAUCACAUUUAUUCCACGAUGAUUACUAAAUUUUCAAAUCUAUGGGGUUUAAUCUGACGCCUGAAAGUAGUCUAGGAUCCUGAAUGAUGCAUUUUGCACAGUAGUAGAAGAGAGCGAAUUACAAAGACCAGAGUGAGGGGGAGCCUGCCGUAGGAAUUCUUUAUAGGAUGCUACAGAGGCAGUUAAGAUUAAUGGACUGAACAACUGGUCAGUGUCAUAUAAUUCUUUUAAGUCAUGUAGGGAAGGUGCAAUGACUGUCCUAGUGAUGGGUAAGAAGAAGGAAAAAGCAGUAGCUUCCCAAGCCAAUUUAUCAGAAAGCAGCUAAAGAAAUUCUCUUGGGUGAUAGAGUAUGAACUGUGUACAUGUCUUGGUUGAGUGGGAGAUGCAAUGCCAUGUGUAAAUAUGGCACACAAAUGUGAUAUUGGGGAAAACAAGCUGUGAAAAAUGACUCAAAACCGUAAUAUCAUGUACAAGCUGUUUCUGCCCCCUCCCUCUUUGGUGAAAUAAAGUGGUAUGUACUAGAAGAAGAACAGCUUUCUCCUGACUCUGCAUUAAGUGUACCAUGGAAAUCAAUGCGUUUGGGUUAUCUGCACAGAAGCACCAAGAGUAAACUUACCAGAUGCACCCCACACUGCGUUUAUCAAGGCAUAAUCCUUCGUGUAUCUGAUGAGUUAUGCCCUAAUAAAUGCAUAUCCUCAUGUAGACUCUAAUCUACAAAAGCUUGGACCAGCCUCCCCCCAGCCUGAUGCCCGCUCCAGAUGUUUUGGGCCACCACCCACAUCAGUCCCAGCCAGCAUCGCGCACACAACAAUGAACACAAUGGAACUUAUUUCUCGGCAGACGUUAGAGCAGAAGAUUACACAGUUCAGCAUACUUCUCUCUUAUACUUCCAAGCCACACUGUUCCCGUCAGUGUGUACAGUUGUCGGUAAUAAUGUUUUUUAAACCCUGCUAUAACAGCAGCAGGGAGAGAAGACGACAAGACGUAGUGAAACUACGUGUCCCACAAGCCCCUGCUUCCGAGUCUCUCGGCGAAACAAACCCGAGGACUGCAGCUCCCAGAGUGCUCUUCGGUCUUACCGUUUGCGGGCGAGGAAGUGGCCGUUUCUCUUCGCCGUUUUGCCCCGCGGUGGCCGUUGGUUUCUUGCUCGCCGCUCCUCCUCCCGUCGACCCACGUGGGCAGAAAACGGCGCCGGGACUCGGGACGCAGCGAGGCGGCCGCGCUUCCCCGCUGCGCGCUCUCAUCCAUGUCUGCGGCGGUGCUGGAGGCCGUCCGGUGCAAAGCACUUGCCGCUCAGCUGCUGUCUUAUAGCGGGCUCUUUGCCGUGUAUAAGCCCAAGGGAUGCACCUCAGCCGCUGUGCUGAACCGGCUUAGGGCGAAGCUGCUGGCAGAAACCGGUAUGCCAAAGCCUAGUAGAAGGAAGAGGAAUAAAAUGUUAAAGAUUGGACAUGGUGGGAUUCUGGAUAGCAGUGCUGCAGGAGUGCUAGUGGUUGGCAUUGGAAAAGGAACUAAAAUGCUGACCAGCUUGCUGGCAGGUUCUAAGAAAUACACAGCUGUUGGGGAAUUGGGAAAGGCAACUGACACAUUUGAUUCUACAGGCAAAGUAACAGAAGAAAAACCUUACGAUUGGAUAACAAAAGAGGAUCUUGAGAAUGUCCUGCAGAAGUUCACAGGCAGCAUCAUGCAAGUUCCCCCGAUCUAUUCUGCCCUGAAGAGAGAUGGACAGAGGUUGUCCACUUUGGUUAAGAAAGGAGAAGUUGUUGAAGCAAAGCCUGCCAGACAAGUUAUGGUCUACAGUCUCACUCUUAGGAGUUUCAAGCCGCCCUUCUUCACGCUUGAUGUUGAAUGUGGCGGCGGCUUUUAUGUCAGAAGCUUGGUCAACGAUAUUGGCAAAGAGCUGUCCUCCUGUGCCACUGUGCUGGAGCUGACCCGAACCAAACAGGGACCGUUUACCCUAGAAGAGCAUGUUCUUUAUGAAGACAAAUGGACCAUUGAUGAAAUUGCCCGGUCUCUGGAGUGUUGCAUGCCUCUCCUCCAGGAAGAACCGCCUCGUAAAAAAUUAAAGAUGGAGCUGUCUGAAGAAUGCGCCAUGAACUCUGAAGAUAAGUGAUAAGUCAGGUCAAGGAAAAAGACUGAAUGACUGAGAUGUUUUAAGAUUGCUCUGGGAUUGUCUUGUCUUCCCCUGUAAAUUUACAGUCCAGUGCGUGGAGGAUGACAAAUUACAAUGGAAUGAAAAUGAUACCUUUCUAUCUCUUCUGUUCGCGCUGAAGCACACAGACACACACAAAGAUCCCCAGCAUUUAUUUCCUUUCAUAAUGUCCGUAUUGUGUUGCAAACUUAUUUGUCAAGGAAGCAGACUCAUUACUACACCCCGUAAAAGACCUUGCAGGACACUUCCAUGCAUAGCUGCCAAG